AUGUUAAAAGAAUCUGGGUAUGGGCACUGGAGAGCACAAAAAAGACCUCAAUUAACUGAGGAAACAGCUAAACUACGCUAUGAAUGGGCACACGUGCGCAAGGAUUGGACGUAUGAGUAUUGGAGCAAGAUUAUAUGGAGUGAUGAAUGUUCUGUUGAGCUUGGCAAAGGAAAGCAGAAUCAAUGGGUAUGGCGGCUCAACCACUUCAAUGAAAAAUGGAAAAAGAAGCAUAUAGUCCCAUACACCAAAGGCAAAGGAAUAUCUAUCAUGAUUUGGGCAGCAAUCUGGGGUGGUGGUCACACUGAAAUCUAUCGAAUGAAUCGGGAUGAGGAAUCUGCUCGAAGAGGGUAUUCUUCACAGUCCUAUUUGAAACUUAUUGAAGAUUACCUACCUGCUAUAUGGGAGUCUGGUAUGGAAUUCAUGCAAGAUAAUGCUCCCAUACAUACAGCCCAUAUUAUCAAAAAUUGGUUUGAUGAGCAUGGUAUUCCUCUUGUUGACUGGCCACCGUAUUCACCCGAUUUGAACCCUAUUGAACAUGCCUGGGCCAAGUUGAAAGAGCGUAUAUAUAUGCUCUAUCCAGACCUUGAAUUAUUUAAUGGGACCAAAGAACAAUUGAAAGAGCAAUUUUACAAGGCCAUGGAGAAUGCAUGGGAGAGUUUAGGACAGGACUUUUUUGAUGGGUUGGUAAUGUCCAUGGAGAACUGUGUUAAUGCAGUUUUAGAGGCAAAGGGGUGGUAUACACAUUAUUAA